CUCCACAAACGACAAACGUGUCAACAAGACUGGGAAAUUCCGCAAAAGCCGGGCCUGUGGUGGAAGACUUCCUUUCUGCAAGAAUGCUGUCACAACUGAAAGAAUUUGGCUUAGGUGCCACAGCAGCUUGUGGUGCUUGCUUUUUCACAAAUCCUCUAGAAGUUGUUAAAACGCGGAUGCAGCUUCAGGGAGAGUUGAAGGCAAGAGGAACGUACGCGGUACAUUACAAGAACGCCUUUCACGCUUUUUACACAAUCGGUCGAUUUGACGGCCUCAGAUCUUUGCAAAGUGGACUCGCUCCCGCUCUAGUUUACCAAGCAGUGAUGAAUGGUUGUCGAUUGGGAUCUUACCAGGUUUUUACCAACUUAAAACUGACUGCAAACAGCGAGGGUCGAAUCGAGUUUUGGCGGUGUCUUCUGGCCGGCGCUGUCUCUGGUGCCAUUGGCGCGUUUUUGGGAAGCCCGGCUUAUAUGGUCAAGACCCAACUUCAAGCACAAGCAACAGACACUAUCGCUGUCGGCUUUCAACACAAACACAGUGGCUUUGUCCAAGCAUUAUCAGGUAUUUACAGAGAGUUCGGAGUUAAAGGACUCUGGCGAGGUGUCAGUGGUGCUGUUGCACGUGUCAUGAUUGGAUCUGCUGUUCAGUUGUCAACUUUCUCAACCACUAGGGAAAGGAUUGCAAAAACGAAUUUCUUCCCUGAGAAAAGCUGGCUUAUUCCAGCAUCGGCUAGUAUGAUUAGCAGUGUUGCGGUGGUAACAUGCAUGACACCAUUUGAUGUAGUAAGUACUCGUUUAUACAAUCAAGGAACCAACGCUAGUGGUAAGGGACUCUUUUAUAAUGGCUUUGUGGACUGUUUUGUCAAAAUAUUUAAGCGAGAAGGUGUGAUGGGGUUUUACAAGGGUGUUGGACCACAUUACUUUAGAAUUGGUCCACACACAAUCCUUAGCUUACUCUUUUGGGAUCAGCUAAGAAUGUUAUCUGCUUCUCAUGGUUUUUAAGGAAGAUUAAGGACCAAGCUUUAAAAUUAAGUUAUAUAUGUAAAUAAUUUGCAUUUAAAAUAUGAAGGUGAUUUUAUAUUAUAAUGUGGUAUUUUGUAGUAAUAUUGUUAGAGUUAAAAGACAGUGUAUACAUACUAGAUUAAAUUAUCUGAUAUGGCAAUGAACAUUCUAUACUGAAUGCAGUUCAUUCUCAGAAAAUCAUUAUGCAGAAAUAAACUAACUGAAAGUAACACAGGCUUUGCAGUUACUUCUUAUUUGACUUUUAAAAUCUGCAUAGAGAACAGCACAAAUAUGUCUUUUUGGCAUAACAUUAUGACAAAGUUUUGCAUGGUUGCUCCUUACUAACAGUAUAAAAAUAUCAAUACACUGUUAUUUUGAAAUUUGUGGGCCCAGCAAAAGGCUUUGUCCACAGGACAAACUUAUAACUGGCCUUAAAGUAAAUUUGUGACCACCAGAGGGGCAGAUCCAGGAUUUUUCUUAGGAGGGGUGGGCCACUAAGGAAUAGUGUAACUGAGUUUUAUAUUUUUGCAGAAUACCAGUUAUAUUAGGAAGCUGCAUGUCAUUUCAGUGGCGGGGGGGCGGGGAUGCACCCCAUGCACCCUCCCCCUAGAACUGCCCCUGCAUCAAUGAGGAGAAUUAAUAUUUCAAACCCAGACCAAAAAGCUUAAGUGGAAAGGCUGUUUUAAAGUCUAGAACAACCAAUUUUUCACAAGUUUGCAUGGAAUUUAAUUCUGAGUUCAACAAAUCAAUCUAUCAUCUGACCUUUUCAUGGUUUCUGGUGCCAUUUUGCUUAACACAUAGAAUAUCAUAUAGCAAGAAAAUAAAUUAAACUUAAAUAAGCAAAAAAAAUACUCAAAAUAGUAAGAACUAAACGAGCUGCGUAGUUACAAGGAUUAUUAUGCGUUAAAUGGGUUGUAGGAAAAAUAAAGAGAGGAGGAGGGAGAAAAGUUAAAAGUUCAAUGCCCAAUAAGUUGAGAGCGAUUAACUUUCUGAGUAUUUUAUGAGUUACAAGGAAAAGAUACUCAUCAGAAGGUUUUUUUGGUCAAAUUUGAUGAGAAUACAUUUGCUGUGAGGCAAGGAAUUGCACUUUUAAUUUUUUCAUAAACAAAUGUAUGGAAAAAUAAAAACCUUAAGUGUGACUUUUUUAGCGUGGCUAAAAUUCAGUGGAAUGCAGUCAGUAAAUUCUUUUGCCUGGUAUCUCUAGUGUUUAAUUCGUAAA